AGUAGUUUCAUCUGCCUGUUGCAAAAAUGUAUAUAAGUCAUUACGUUAGUUGGGCUGGUUUUAUGUCUUAUUUAUGUGUGGUAAUUGUACACUGAGAGAAGGAUGAAAUUAUUGUCUUUUAUGACAGUUUACUUUUUAGUAGCUGGGGUAUAUUGCUAUCCACGUGGAGAACAACCUCGUGAUUAUGAUGAAAGGUCUCCUGGUUAUGAUAAUAAUGACCGUGAUUAUGAUAAAAAUGACUACUGGCAUUCAAAAUAUAGUGACGAUGAUGGUUAUGGUGAUGACAUUGACUACACUCCUUACGGUGACAAUUAUCACUAUAACCACGACAACAGUUUUCAAAAAUAUGAUGAUAAACCUUCUAAAUACGAUGGUUAUGACGAUAAAUACUACGAAGAUAAAAAGCCUUACAAGCCUGUUUAUAAAGACAAUUAUGACAAUGAAUAUGGAGAAUACGAAAGAGAUGACCAGAAGUACGAUCAGUACAGUGGUGAAGGUGGUAAACUAUCGCAUUACGACGACAGUUAUAAUGGUGACUAUGAAGAUGAUCAUAAUGAAUACGACGGACAUAGUCCACCUGGUAACCGCGAAGUACAGUACAGGGAUGAAGGCAGUGAUAAAGGUGAUUCUAAUCAUGAUGGUGUUAAUAGUCUCAUAGAAUCAGACUAGAGAACAUUACGGAUAAAGACUGUAAUACAUAAGAUGUGAAACAUUUUACAAAUAUAACUGCAUCAAUCUACUUCACUUUUCUCACUAAUUUGACUGAUGCCACUCAAAAAAGGAUAUUUAUUUUACUACAAAGUAGUUAAUUUUCUACAUUCACAUGUUGCUUUUAACUGAAUAUGACAAAAUAUUUCUUUCAGUAAAGAAUGCAUCCGACCAGGUUCAUAUUUUUAACGGUUAUUAGACUUUUUAUACGACAAUAUUUUAAUAUUACCACGUUUCGCUGUGUAAGUCACAGCUUCUUCAGCAGAAUAUACGGUUUCUUAUUAA